AUGCAAAAAUUUAGUGAUGAUAAAUCAUGGAAUUUAGAUUCGUUGAAUUUUCAAGAGAAAGUCAUUUUUUCGAAGAUGCUACUAUCGCGUAUUUGUACAUCUAUUGUUAGUCGAUGUCAUAACGGGCUGCUAUGUAAUAGCUAUUGCCGGUUUUUGACAAAUAUAUCAUCAGAGAAGAAAAUUGAUCAUGAAAGCAAUAAUUCAAAUGUAACAUUAACAGCACAUUCAUCGGAUGAGGAUAAUGAAUGGUUAUGGGCAUAUUUACGUGACCAUAGAAACUUCUCUGAAUUAACUAUUGAACAGAGACGACGUGUCGUUGAAAUUGAAGUUCAAACUUUACGCGAAAGUGGUGAACGUGUACCGGACGUCAUCCCGAACGAACGAUGGGAAGAGUUACUCAAUAUGCCUUUAGUUGAAUCUCGCAAAACGCUCUACGGAUAUCUUUUUCUUCGUGAAAUGUAUCGCAAACGUCGUGCAGCUAUUGUUACUCAAAAUAAUCUGCGUCGUACUGAGGCAGCUAAACGUCGUGAAGAACUUCUCUCUCAAGGAAAACUACCGACGAACUAUCCAGGCUAUUCGACAAUAUUCCGCCACAUAGGUCGACAAAAUGAAAAAUAUGUACGUGAACAACUAUUACUUCCAUCUGCACGUCUCGGCGAUAUGAUUGUGAUUGAUUGCGGAUUCGAACAAGAACAUGCGCGUAAAUAUCAUCUACUAAAUUUGGUUGACCAAGUACAAUAUUUAUUUGCGGAAGUGAAUCGAUAUCAUUCACCAUCGUUUGUUUACUUGUGCAAUUUAUCACCAGAAGGACAACUACAAUCGGAAUUCGAUCGACGAGCACCUCUCGAAAAUCUUUGUCUGCAACCAACUGAGUCAAGUUAUUUAGACGUUUUUCCACAAGAAAAACUGAUAUAUCUAUCACCGGAUUCGGAUGUCGAAAUGACCACAUACGAUCAUGAUGCUGUGUACAUUAUUGGUGGAAUUGUGGAUGUCACUGGUAAAAAGCCAUUAACAAUUGGCAAAGCCAAACGAGAUAAUAUUCGACAUCAACGAUUUCCUAUUGAUCGAUAUGUAAAAUUUGGUGGCGGUAGUGGCAAAACUCUAACGAUUGAUCAAGUUUAUAAUAUUCUCAUGACAUUGAAACACACGGGAUCUUGGAUUGAAGCAUUUAAAUUUAUUCCAGACAGAAAAGUUGUCGAACGAUACUCGGAAAAAAAACAAGAUAAACAAGUUGAAUUAGAAAAAUUCGGCCGGUGGACGAGUUUAAAUGUCAAACAUUAA